GUAAGUACAUGUACUACACAUUUGUUUUAAAUACAAUAGUGGUACAGUGUCGUGGUAGAGUGAAGAGGUUACAGUGUAGUGCUAUAGAGUUUAGAGGUACAGUGCCAAAUGGCUUAUGAGCGUGAUCACGUAAGCCAACGAAGGUGGUCACAGACUGAUGUGUUUUAAAAGGAGAGCCGCAGAGCCGGGCAGAAAGUGUUCGACUCCGGGUUUCAGAAUCCGACUGCGGCAUUUGACGUCAAGCGAGUGGGAACUCUUGUGGUGCGUGUUGUUGCAGACUGGCCUUUGACGUCAAUCGAGUGGGAACUCUUGUGGUGCGUGUUGUUGCAGACUGGCCAUUGACGUCAAGCGAGUGGGAACUCUUGUGGUGCGUGAUGUUGCAGACUGGCAUUUGACGUCAAGCGAGUGGGAACUCUUGUGGUGCGUGUUGUUGCAGACUGGCCAUUGACGUCAGAUUCUUUUUUUUAUUUCCGUACGCUAAAAAAAUAUUUUAUCGGUAACCAAAUAAAAAAAAAAAAUUGUGCACAUUUUAACAGUUAAGCUUUGAAUUAAGCCGUUAGACUACGCGGCGUUGGUUCAAAGAGUUGAGAGUGAGUGCCAUGUGCCUAAAGGAAAGAGUUUAAAAGGAAAUUAAGCUGUUUGGUGCCCUGUGAAUACUUCUUAAUGUUCCUUGUUUUUUUUCUUGGUGAGACUUAACACCAGCGAUCAAGGCCUACACAAAUACAAUGGUAAGUGUCACAGUUAGUGUGGGAAGCUGGGGUGCUGGUGGUGCUGAGUGGACUUGGGAAAAAGGUGGGGGGGGGGGGUUGGGGGGGGGGCUACUGGAAAUUUGUACGAAAUCAAUUUGAACGAAGGGAUGUUGUUUAAACGGAAGUUUUUUUCGAAAUGAAUUCGGGAUGAUUAUUUUUCUUCUUAUUCAUAACAAAAUAGUGUGCACAUUGUUUAGUCUUAAAGUGUUGAGUGAGUAAGUUACCGCGAACAUUUACAAACUAUGUUGUUUAUUUUCUGUACAGGCUACCAAAGGAAAGGACAAUGUAGCAGGUAGGACACUCAUAUAAAGAGCCCCCCCCCCCCCACUAAAAUCCAUAUGAGUAUGAAAUAACAUAUUUUAAAGGUUAAUAAAUUAAGAUUGAUUAGAAAAGUUUAUGUUAUUGAUUGAAAUCAAUUGAAAUGGUUUUUGAUCAUAAUAUAAAUUAAACGUAUUCACUUUAGCACAUAAAUCAAUCCAUCUUUUUUUUUUUUUAACAAAGGCAACAUUUUAAAAUUAUACCAAUUUAAAGACAAGCCAUCUAAAGUAUUUCUCUAGCGUAGCCAUCAGCCAUCACUGAACUCUCCUAGUGAUGAUAAAGACGUGAUUAGUGAUCAUUUAAAUGGGGUCACCGCUGGGGAAGGGGCGCUGGCAAAGUCCUACAGACCGGGGAACACACGAAUUUUUUUAUAUCUUUCGGUCCUAACUUUGGGAGAAAGAACUUUCCCCUGAUCGAACUGAUCUUAGGUAUCUGUGAUGUAGAGACUGGGAUGCAUCGUUCAACAUUUUUGGUACUUUUGUUAGUUCCCCCACACCAGAAGAUAAUACUGAAGUUCGGUAGACUUUCCAAUUUGUUGCACUGUAGAAUGUGUUAAUACAAGCUAUACCAGAUUGCUUGAACAGAUCCUUCUAAUACACGAACAUUGCAAUCUCGUCUCUGUCGGCAUGGCUGACGUCGCAAUCAAACUAGCUAUACUAUCGUAGCAAUAGCAUGUGUAUGUUUUAUAGUACAUUUUCCGGUCCAUGUAAUCAUUUGUCUAGAUCACCCCAGGUGUCUUACUUAGGUAAGCAUACUCGUGUAGGUUAUUCUGGCAGAUAGCGCUAACAUGGACGUGAAAGACCGGAUCGAUCAUUGUACAUGUUAUUGGAUGAGAUAAAAAAAAUAAGCCCCAAAAAAACAAACUUGUUGCCUUGUCGGUGAUAUUGCAUUGACAAUAGCUAACAAGUAGAUAUAUAGUGGGUGAUAUUGCAUUGACAAUAGCUAACAAGUAGAUAGAUAGUGGGUGAUAUUGCAUUGACAAUAGCUAACAAGUAGAUAGAUAGUGGGUGAUAUUGCAUUGACAAUAGCUAACACGUAGUUACAACAAUGAAAUGAAUAACUUUUGUCUCAGGUGUGCUUUAAAUGAAAGUGGUCAGUGGCGUAGCUUUAGGGUUGGUGCCGCCUGGGGCGGGGCAAGCUCUUCGCCGCCUCCUUGCACACACACACACACACACACAAACUUACAAAAAACCUCUACAAUUGACCGAAAGUGCCGCGCCUCGAAAUAGAGAUUUCAAAUGGUAAAUGUAACUAAUCGUUUUAAAAAGUCGGUGUAGAUCAGCGGUUCUCAACCUGUGGGUCGCGACCCCGUUGGAGGUCGCACGACCCUUUCACAGGGGUCACCUAAGACCAUCUGAAAACACAUGUGCUCCGCAGUUACAAAGUAUUAAUGAGAAUAAUUUUGUGGUUGGGGGUAGCCACAACAUGAGAAAAUGUGUUAAAGGGUCGCGGCAUUAGAAAGGUUGAGAGCCACUGUUGUAGAUCAAACUGAGUGUUCGCCUUGUCAACAAUGGCAUGUCUUGGGGUGAGUGUCUUGUCAACAAUGGCAUGUCUUGGGGUGAGUGUCUUGUCAACAAUGGCAUGUCUUGGGGUGAGUGUCUUGUCAACAAUGGCAUGUCUUGGGGUGAGUGUCUUGUCAACAAUGGCAUAUCUUGGGGUGAGUGUCUUGUCAACAAGGUCAUUAUGCCUUGGAGUGUGUGUUUCGCUACCAAAGAAAGUAUGUCUCGGACGGAACUGGUUCCUCGUCAACAAAGGCCAUUACGUCUCGGAACUGGUGUCUUGUCAAAACAAAGACAGUAUGUCGUGGACUGGUUCUCUGUCAACAAAUACAGUCUGCCUUUGAAAGGGUGUCUUGUCAAUAAAGACAGUUUGUCGUGGAACGUGUGUCUCUUGUAAAAAAAUACAGUAUGUCUUGGAAAGGGUGUCUUGUCAACAAAGACAUAAUGUCUGGGGUGGAUGUCUACAUAUGAAAAUAAUACAGCACUGCAAAGUCUAUCCAAAUUCUAACAUUGUUCUCCCAUUAAGGCUCGGCAUUUCGAAAAAUCUGGGCGGCCCGACUAGAUGACGUCAUCGUGACUGCCCAAUGUAUACGACACACGCCCUCCUUUUCCCUCAGGGAAAAAAGUAAAUUUCCAGUGAUCUAUUCCUUAGAUAAAAAUAGUUACAAGGGCAAAUUCAAAAGAGAUAUUUUCAUCAUACAAUUGAGCAUGAUAACGACAACUAUAUUCGAGAUCUCCCUUCCAUUGUUCGUGAUAUAAAUGUCUUGACAAGUCUCUAUAGCACAUGUGUCAAACUCAAGGCCCGCGGGCCUCAUACGGCCCGCCGUACAAUUAUAUCCGGCCCGCGAGGUCUUGACCGGCGUACAAUUAUAUCCAAGUCAAGUGUUUCCCAAUGCACACUUUGCUGAAAGACUUAGCUUACUUCGCGCCGAGUUAGCACGGCGCUUAAGUGACUUUGAAGCACAGAAUUGUAAUUUCGAGCUGUUUCGCAACCCAUUUGUCAUAGACCUGGAAACUGCACCUGCAAAUUUGUAGAUGGAGCUGAUAGAUCUGCAGUGUAAUGGGACACUAAAGGCAAAGUACGAAACGGUUGGGCCUGCACAGUUCACUCGUUUCAUUCCUGAAGUGAUGCCCCAGCUUCUACUACACGCGGCUCGAACCUUGAGCAUGUUGGGUAGCACAUAUAUGUGUGCGCAGCUGUUUUCUGUGAUGAAGAUUAACAAAACAUCACACAGGAGUCGUCUCACUGAUGAACACUUGCAGACCAUCAUAUGAGAAUCUCAAUGACACAGAACGUUACUCUCAACAUAAAAGAACGUACUUGUUUUUGUAGCCAAGAAAAUUUGCCGAACAUCCAGCUCUGAGCAAUUGGCAUAAGAACGAAAAUUGGUAUUAAAUAUUUUUUUUCUGUUUUCAUUUAUGAAAUGUUUUUAAAUAUUAAUUUCCCACUAGUUGAAUGUUUAUCCCGUUCGGCCCGCAAUCUUACAUGUGAAUUGAGUUUUUGCCCGCCGAGCGAUUGCGUCAGCUCUACAGCGUCAGCCAACCAUAUCACGCUUUGCCUCCAUCGCCUAUCAUUAGUUGCAUUUGUUAAUUUGUCAGAGAUUUGAAGGCGUUAUAUCCAACUAACUACUCAUAAAUUACAGCAUACUAUAUUGACCGAUAUUUGAACACCAUCCAAAAUUAAAAAAAAUAAGUCCUCACAAUUUGCCACACAAUUUAGACACCCAUUAUAUCUCCUUGAUGCAUCGUCACAAAUUCGUGACCCACCACCACCCUUUUUGAGUUGAAUGAGUCAUUUAUAAAGGGAUCCCUUCCAUGUAUCCCCAGAGCUAGAAGAAGCUUUCAGCCUGUUUGACAAAGACGGAGACGGUACCAUCACUUACAAGGAACUGGGGACCGUUAUGAGGUCACUGGGUCACAAUCCAACGGAUUCAGAGCUCCAGGACAUGAUCCAGGAAGUUGACGUUGAUGGUAACACUCUUAUCUUGCCCUACUCUCGUUCCUUCUUUUAGUGCUAAUCUCAUUCAUUCUUUUAGUGCUACUUUCAGUCCUUCUUACAGUCCUACUUUAAGUCCUACUCUCAGUCCUUCGUUUAGACCUGCCCCUGGUCCUACUCUAAUCCUGAACUCAGCCCUACUCUCAUUUCUACUGCACGUUAUGGACAAUAUCUUUGGAAACUGUACAUUAAUUUAACUUUAACUUUAACUUUUGUCUAUACAUUUUAUUAUAUAUUACUAUUAUCUCUCGUAGUCCCAUUGUGCUAAAUAUUAUCGAUGUCUUAAGUUAGUGACUUAAUUAUUUUUGACUCUUGAAAUUACAGGGAAAUAACAAAAAAAUAUUUAUUACAGUAUUGUCAUGGGUUGGUUCCCUUCAUUUAAUAAAAAAAAAAAAAAAACUUUUCAUUUACAUGUACCUAUUUGGAUAAUUUAACCGCUGAAGUCAUGACAUAUUUGAGUGCAAGCGUAGCCCUGGUCCAGUGGACGACAUUAUUCCAACAUGUACCCAAGAGACGAUUAGGUUUAAAGAGAGAAUUUAGAAGUUAAAUAAUUCUUUUUAGCGAAUUAUCUACCGAUGUAUUUCUAUAUUUAUUACCAAACAAUUUUUUUUUUUUUUUAAUAAAGGAAAAAUAACAAAAAAAUUAAGCACACGUGUAAACUUACACCCAUUAAUGAACUGACCUCGGGACGGUCACUCCGCUGUUGAAAUCUAAAAUUUGAAAAUUGCUUUGCAAAACAAUAGAAGCUGAGUGCUGGGGAUGGGGUGGGAAAAGCUCUGUGACGGUCCGGAAUAAACGACGACAGGAAAGCUCAUUUAAGAUGCAGGUGUUCUCGAGGUAGCCAUAUUUACAGAGCAGUUAGUAAUAAAGGAAAUCCGGCGAGUAGGUCCUUACCUGUUGGGUUGUUCCAUGAUCAGGAAACGGCAAGAUUGACUUCCAAGAGUUCGUCGCCAUGAUGUCACGACACAGUUCAGACACAGACAAGGACAAGGAGAUGAAAGAAGCGUUCAGGUGGGUAGGCCACAGCUGGUGUGUCUGUUAGAAGUGUCGGACGUAAGGAGGCUGGUGUGUCUGUUAGAAGUGUCGGACGGAAGGAGACUGAUGUGUUUGUUAGAAAUGGUGGAAGGAAGGAGGCUGUUGUGUCUGUUAGAAAUGGUGGACGGAAGGAGACUGGUGUGUCUGUUACAAAUGUUGGACGAAAGGAGGCUAAUGUGUCUGUUAGAAAUGGACGGAAGGAGACUGAUGUGUCUGUUAGAAAUGUUGGACGGAAGGAGGCUGGUGUGUCUGUACGUGACCCCAAUUUGUGGGCAACUUAGUACGUGACGCCAAUGUGUGGGCAACUUAGUACGUGACCCCAAUUUGUGGGCAACUUAGUACGUGACCCCAAUGUGUGGGAAACUUAGUACGUGACCCCAAUGUGUGGGCAACUUAGUACUUGACCUUAAUUUGCGGGCAACUUAGUACGUGACCCCAAUGUGUGGGCAACUUAGUACUUGACCUUAAUUUGUGGGCAACUUAGUAGAAUGAGUGUCAGCUUGUGUUUUAUAAAGGCACAGAGUAGGCCGGGCACGAAAUAAUUAAAACUAAAAUAAGAGGGAAAUGAAACAAACCUUUUUAAAAAAACCAAAGUCUUGCUUAUAAAUCCGGUAUCAAAUGCAAUAUCGAGCAACAACGGGGGGCCCACAAUUUCACAACACAUGCGUUCAGGUAACGCAUGCACUUUAUAAGAAUCCCAAUGAGUGCUUAACCCCCCCCCCCCCCCCCCCAACCAAGUUCAACAAGUAUCUUCUCAAAUAAAAGAAAAUAUUACACACCAAACGCACUUGCAAUAAAAAAAAAAAAAAUAAAAAAAAAUAAAAAAAGAAGACCUCAUUUAGUGCAUUUAUUGGGAAUUUUAUUUCGUGAAAAACAGGAACAAAUGACUUUUAGGGCUUUGGAGUAUGGCUGAAUAUUUGAAAGAAUGUGUUGUCAUCGGCAACGAGUCUAAUGUGCCAAGGUUCAGCUAAAUAAGUUGACGGGAAGUGGGUAAAAAAAAAAAGAAAAAAAAAGAAUAAUAAAGUUUUCAACAUUCGUUUCUCAAUUUCUAAGUAUAAUUCUACUUCUGGUCGUUCCAUCUUGCCAUGUGUUAUCAAGGGGUAGGGUUGAGAACCGCUUUUAUAACAUACCUUAACUAAGCACCUUUGAUAUGUGUUCUCUCCCCCCCCCCACUCCGUCCUAAAAAAAUGUGUUUUCACAGCUUCUUUGGCUGCCUCGUCGCCUAACAGAUGCUUGUAUUUAUCUCUGUAGUUGGAUGCUGGGAUGUCCUUGGUGGGAUCUGAUGGCCUGCCUUUCUCUAGAGCUUCCUCCAAUUCCUUCUGUUUCAAGAGCUCUUUAGCUUUCUCAGGGUCCCACUCUUCCCCUUUCCUGUAAGCUUGUAACUCUUCAUCUGUCGGGGCAAAUUCCUUUUUCCAUAACAUCACACAUCUUCUUCUUCAAGUCCAAAGGAAAAUGAGACGAGGCCGGCCAGCUCUGCAACAUCAUGCACAAUGGCACGUUGAACUUUCUCCAUUGGUUCAAUCUUCAAUUUCUCCAGAUUUCCAUCUUUAAUGAAUUCAUGGAUGCUCUUUUGAAUCUUUUGUCGGAAGCUGUCAAGCAGUUUCUUCUCUGCUUCCUGCUGUUUCUCAAUCAACGCCUUCUGAGCUUUGGCUUUUUUUUGCGUUCAUCUGUUCCAACUGAUGGGGCUUUUCCAUUGACCCCAAAAUCGAGCCUAACAAAUCGGCCAUCUUGUGCGGUGUAGAUAAGCAAAUCGUCCACGUAGCUAAACCCGUUUCUCAUUCCUUCUAGAAGUUGUCGAGUUGCCCGAAUCAGCGUCGCUCCUGAAUUCAUCAUUCCAAACGGCAUUCUCAAAAACUCAUAAUGACAAUCUGGAGUCACGAAUGCUGUUUUGGGGAUGUCCCCAGGUUCAACGGGAAUCUCCCAAUAUCCUUUGCUAAGGUCAAUUUCGCUGAAAUAUUUAACUUUUGAAGUGUUAUAAAAUAUUUCGUUUGGUGACGUCACUGGCACUGGAUCAAAAACAGUGAUCUUAUUUAGGCCUCGAUAGUCAACACAGACUCGGUUUGAUCCAUUUAAAUACAUUAUAUAUAAAGGUGAUGUGAUAAAAUGUACAAACACCAUGAAAUACAAAUGACAAUGAAAUACAAAUGACAAUGAAAUACAAAUGAUAAUGAAACAAAUGACCAUGAAAUACAAAUGAACAUGAAAUACAAAUGACCAUGAAAUACAAAUGACAAUGAAAAACAAAUAACCAUGAAAUACAAAUGACCAAUAAAUAGAAAUGACCAUGAAAUACAAAUGACCAAUUUAUACAAUGACCAAUAAACACAAGUAACCAAUAAACACAAAUGACCAUGAAAUACAACUGACAAUGAAAUACAAAUGACCACGAAAUAAAAAUGUCAGUGAAAUAGAAAUGACCAUGAAAUAAAAAUGACCAAUAAAUACAAAUGACCAUGAAAUACAAAUGACCACGAAAUACAAAUGACCGUGAAAUACAAAUGACCACAAAAUACAAAUAACCACGAAAUACCAAUGACCAUGAAAUACAAAUGACCAUUAAAUACAAAUGACCAUGAAAUACAAAUGAUCAUAAAUACAAAUGACCACGAAAUACAAAUGACCACGAAAUACCAAUGACCAUGAAAUACAAAUGACCACGAAAUACAAAUGACCAUGAAAUACAAAUGUCCAUUAAAUACAAAUGACCAUGAAAUACAAAUGACCAAUAAAUACAAAUGACCAAUAAAUACAAAUGACCACGAAAUACAAAUGACCAUGAAAUACAAAUGACCAUUAAAUACAAAUGACCAUGAAAUACAAAUGACCAUGAAAUAAAAAUGACCACGAAAUACAAAUGACCAUGAAAUACAAAUGGCCGUGAAAUAGAAAUGACCGUAAAAUACAAAUGACCAAUAAAUACAAAUGACCAGUAAUACAAAUGACCAAUAAAUACAAAUGACCAGUAAUACAAAUGACCAAUAAAUGCAAAUGACCAAUAAAUACAAAGGACCAUAAUUACAAAUGACCAAUAAAUACAAAUGACCAUGCUUUAAAAAAUGUUAUUGCUGUUACACUGUUUAGAGUGUUCGACCGGGACGGCAACGGCCUCAUCUCGGCAGACGAACUCCGUCACGUGAUGCUGAACCUGGGCGAGAAGCUGACCAGUCAGGACGUGAAGGAGAUGAUGAAAGAAGCAGACAAGGACGGGGAUGGUCAGAUUAACUUUGAAGGUGCGUCGUCGAGCUGUCAGUUAUUGUCAGGGCCUCGGGUGACACAUUUGUCCAAUGACAUAUCAGGGAUUCGGAUGACACAUUUGUCCAAUGACAUAUCAGGGAUUCCAAUGACAUAUCAGGGAUUCGGAUGACACAUUUGUCCAAUGACAUAGCAGGGGUUCGGAUGACACAUUCGUCCAAUGACAUAGCAGGGGUUCGGAUAACACAUUCGUCCAAUGACAUAUCAGGGAUUCGGAUGACACAUUUGCCCAAUGACAUAGCAGGGGUUCGGAUGACACAUUUGUCCAAUGACAUAGCAGGGGUUCGGAUGACACAUUUGUCCAAUGACAUAUAUGGGAUUUGGAUGACACAUUUGUCCAAUGACAUAGCAGGGGUUCGGAUGACACAUUUGUCCAAUGACAUAGCAGGGGUUCGGAUGACACAUUUGUCCAAUGACAUAUCUGGGAUUUGGAUGACACAUUUGUCCAAUGACAUAGCAGGGGUUCGGGUGACACAUUCGUCCAAUGACAUAUCUGGGAUUUGGAUGACACAUUUGUCCAAUGACAUAUCUGGGAUUUGGAUGACACAUUUGUCCAAUGACAUAUCUGGGAUUUGGAUGACACAUUUGUCCAAUGACAUAUCUGGGAUUUGCAUGACACAUUUGUCCAAUGACAUAUCAGGGAUUUGGAUGACACAUUCGUCCAAUGACAUAUCUGUGAUUUGGAUGACAUAUUUGUCCAAUGACAUAUCUGGGACUUGGAUGACACAUUUGUCCAAUGACAUAUCUGGGAUUUGGAAGACACAUUUGUCCAAUGACAUAUCUGGGAUUUGGAUACACAUUUGUCCAAUGACAUAUCAGGGAUUUGGAUGACACAUUCGUCCAAUGACAUAUCUGUGACUUGGAUGACAUAUUAUUUGUCCAAUGACAUAUCAGGGAUUUGGAUGACACAUUCGUACAAUGACAUAGCUGGGAUUUGAAUGACACUUUUGCCCAAUGACAUAUCAGGGAUUUGGAUGACACAUUUGUCCAAUGACAUAUCUGUUAUUUGGAUGACACAUUUAUCCAAUGACAUAUCAGGGAUUUGGAUGACACAUUUGUCCAAUGACAUAUCUGUGAUUUGGAUGACACAUUUGUCCAAUGACAUAUCAGGGGUUCAGAUGUCAUAUUGUGAUGCCAUAAGAACAUACGCCUGUUUAAGAUACAGUAAUUCAAGUAUUCGUGGUGGGGGGGGGGGCGAAUCCAUAAAUGGCGUCACGUAUCUAAGGGGAGGGGUCACGACAUUUUGAUGAUGCAUGUUGGAUGUGUUAUUUUGUGACAGAUUUGUGACAAUUUUGGUUUGGAAAUGGGGGGGGGGGGGUAAAANCAAUUUUGGUUUGGAAAUGGGGGGGGGGGCGUAAAAUACAGGCUCGAAUGACGUGACGUCAUUUAUGGAUGGCCACAAGGAUAAUUUAAGUGAAGUCCUUAAAUAGAGACGGUCCAUUAGAUUGACCAACCGAAUAGACAGACUCUAUAGAAUAGAAAAAAAGCACGAACAACCAAAGAGGGAAGUCUGCUUUAUAGACAUACCAAAUUUAAAGUAUUUUGGAGGUAGAUGUUUUUAAUAGGACCAUCAUGCAGAGUCUCACUGAUGUCUUUGUGGGUGUUUUCAGAGUUUGUCCAGAUGAUGAGUGCCAAGUGAUACGACACUCUCCCCCCCCCCCCCAAGACUUCACCCGACUACACUGUACAUCAUGAUCAUUUAUUCAAUCCAACUAAUAUCUAGUAAAUUGGUCCACGUACUUUCCAUUGCAUUCCAUUGAAAAGUUAUAAUUACAUAUCUCCCCUAAGCGAAGCCAGUAUUUCCGGAAGAACCACUGCAGGGUCUACAGAACGCGUACCCCGACUCCCAUCGUCUUAACUAUGCAUUAGUGCGUUAACUGCUAGACUGGUUUAGAGAGUUAAAAAAUAAACAAGCAACAACGUGUGUUACAUGUAAGCUUUCAAAAAAAAAACAACAACAAAACCCAACUAAAUGCACUAACUAUAAUAUUGAAAUAUCACAGUUAUAUAUGUAUAAUUAUGGCGGGGCUUAUAGGAACAAAUGCAAAUUUAAGAAACUCACAUGGAAGUAGAUGUUGUGUUAGUUUAUUUGGUGCUACCCGAAAGGAGGCUGUGAAAUUAAAUAUAGUGGAUAACUGAUAGAGCAGUGUCUCCCUUAAUAGAACAUUGCCUCCCCUAAUGGAGCAGUGUGUCCCCAGAUAGAGAAGUGUUUCCCCUAAUAGAGCAGUGUUUUCCCUAAUGAGCAGAUCUUACCCAAAGAGAGACGUACUCCCUAAAUAGAGCAGUGCUUCUUCAAAGAGAGCAGUACUCCCUAAAUAGUGCAGUGCCUCUCCAAAUAGAGCAGUGCCUCUUCAAAAAGAGUAGUGCUACUUCAAGUAUAGCAGCACUCCCCAAAUGGUUUAUGGCCUCUCCAAAUAGAGCAAACCCCCC